AUGGAGUUCAGAGAAAGGUCAUACUCGAGAGGAGCUGAUGACAAGCAGCUCAAGCCUACAACACGCAUGAAUGAUGAAACGUGGGAAAGGUUCAAACCUCUUCUCUGUGGCUUAUACAAGCAGUAUACAUUGAAUAUAGUCAUGGACUACAUGGAAAAGAAAUACAAAAUCAUCCAGAGCAAGCGACAAUAUGGCUAUCGUUUCGAGAAAUGGGGAGUCAAAAAGUACAAUGCUAGCGACAAGAAAACAACACCCAUAUCCAUAUCGCCUGGUGCAUUCGAUGAGUCGGUCGAUUUUGGUGAUUUCGACUUCGAUCAAGAACCCCGCACUUUCGAUCAGCACACGCUGUUGGAUCUCCGCGAUGAAGACACUCUAAUGGCCACUGGGUCAGACGAUAUUGAUUUUGAUGAGCCAUCAGAUUGUGCGGAAAUUCUUAUCCAAUAUCCCUGGUCCACUGGAUCAAUCGAAGAAGCGAACAAGCUUGCCGCUGACUUCUGCGCUGCUAUGCUCGAUGACUCGAACGCUUCCGAAUUAUACUCAUAUCUCCACCAAUCUGUGGCAAACAGCAGCCAUUCUUACACAGAAACUAAAGAGUUUCUCGCUGUCUCUUGCGCUCGAGUUGCUGGUAAACCAGACAAUGCUGGCAGCGCCAAGGAACUUCUUGCGCGCGAGUGGCCACAUGCGUUAACCACUGGGAACUCUGACUCUCCAUUUCUUCUGUCAAUGCUAAAAGUGUACGUGGGAAGCCAUAAAGAAGACGCGGACAGGUCAAAUUUUAUCCAUCAAGUCACGCAAAAUGUCGAGAAGUUACUCACCAGCGACCGAUCACUUCCAAAAAUGACACAUAAGUAUUCUUCUAUCGAUCUUGUGACGUUUUUCUUCCUCAACUAUGCUUUCGAGAUCUACGACGAUUGCUUUGACCAGGCAAAUCCCCCAGACUUCGUGACAGAGCACCUCUUGCACGAGUUCAUCAAGAAACAACCUUUCAUAAAGACACUCAGCCUCAACCGCCCCUCUCCUCUACGCCAUUGUGUUGAGUGGUGCGAGGAACAACUCCGACUUAACCACCCUGUGGCUUUACAGGACUCCCCCGUGAAGCCCAGCGCAAACAUGCGAUCCUGGUGGCACAAUAUUCGAGUUUUUUGCACCCUUUGGGGGGUCAUGGUUCAGCUGGUACGGGCAAAUUGUGCCCCCCACUGGUACAAUCAGUGCGAAUCCGCCUUUGGCAUAACUCCUUCGGAACUCCUCGUGACUCUAUCUUGGAUGAUUUGUGAUGAGACCAUUACGGCGGGCGAUGUUGAUAACGAGGGCGAGUUGCUUGAAAGUGCGGCUGAUGGCGCAAGUAAACUCCUCGACUUUGAUGAACCCAAGCUCUGGAUAGUCUUUCUCUACAAGUUUGCUUGGAUGAACGAGUUGGUGAACCCGGGCGAAGACGAGAAAUCUUUUGAGACUCUUGUCCAGAACCAACUUCGCCAACAUGUCUCCGAGAUACUCAGAAUCCAGCUACCACACCCACCUGGCAGCCAGCCUGACAGCGUCACAGAAUUGGACUUCUAUAACCUUCCGCACCAAGGAUUUGCCGACUUUGGCGUUGAUUCUCGAAUGAACUUUUAUAACUAG